AUGGUUAACCUUGGUGAUAUUUUCCCAAACUUUGACGCUGAGACCACAGAGGGAAAUUUCAAGUUCCAUGAGUUCAUCGGUAAUUCUUGGGCCAUUCUCUUCUCUCAUCCGGCCGAUUACACACCCGUUUGCACAACAGAGCUGGCAAGAGUCGUUCAAUUGGUUCCAGAAUUCCAAAAAAGGGGAGUGAAGCUUUGUGCCUUGUCAUGUGAUGAUGUUGAAAGCCAUCAUGGUUGGAUAAAAGAUAUUGUGGCUUAUGGUAAAUUUGACAAGUUUCCAUAUCCAAUCAUCUCUGACAAAACUCGAAAACUGGCAGUGAGUCUAGGUAUGGUUGAUCCUGAUGAAAAAGACCUGGCUGGAAUGCCUCUAACUGCACGUGCGGUUUUCAUCAUUGGCCCUGACAAGAAAUUAAAACUGAGCAUCCUCUAUCCAGCAACCACUGGGAGAAAUUUUGAUGAAAUUUUGAGAGUGAUCGAUUCUCUCCAGUUAACGGCUAAACACAAGGUGGCCACUCCUGUUGACUGGAAGGUUGGUGGUAAAUGCAUGGUUGUCCCAUCUGUCAAAGUUGAGGAUGAAAAAACAAUCUUUCCCAAGGGGGUUGAAACAAUCUCUGUGCCUUCAGGAAAAUCCUAUCUCCGUAUGACAGAACAGCCAGAAUAG